ACUCUUCUAUAACGUUUAUUCAUUUACAGAAGAAGAAGAGACGACAAGAACGAGAGACACAGCAGAACAUCAUGGCGGGCAGUAUCGGGAUAUUCUCCAGGUCUGGAGAGGAUGAAUACCGGUGGUUAAUGGACGGCCUCAGGGGAAAGUGGUCGGUGUCUCCAUUCGUCAUCACCAACAGAAACUACAGUGUAUUUUGUGAGGAGAUCUAUAGACGUUCCUUUGGAAUACUCUACCACUCCCGAAACCGAGGACGAGUCAACAUCACCGACGUAACUGACUCCUUGUAUGAUAGGGAAGUGAGAACCAUGUCUGAGGCGCUCGGUAGAGACCGAGUGAUCGCUGUUAUUGAUGACCUGGAUGAUAGCAGUGAUGAGGCGAGGAGGAGGAUUCUGGAUCAUCAGCCCACCCUGAGGACACAUACAAAUGGUAUCUUCCUGUUCACACCCAACGACAAGGCCAACAGGGAGGUUCUCAGAAGGAAAAUAGAAGCGAUCAUCCGCACCAUUUCUACAAGUGUGAGAACAACAAUCAUUGAGAAUCCCACCCCUGUAUAUGUCCCCGAGCAGGGCCCGGAUGACACCAGGCGUCCACAGAAGGGAAAUAUGAAGAGGAUUGUGAUAUCACUUUUGUCUUGCUUUGUAUUUUGGAACACAUAUUAUUCCCCAACCUACGGAAAUGGUCUCAUCUCUGUGCUCUGGGCGUUAGUGACUGGGAGGAUGUUCUAUACUCAUGUAUCUAAACCUGUGUUACCGCUGGCUCUACAGCAACGAUUCGCCUUGUCCUGUGCCAUCACUUUAAUGACCAUCUAUGAGACUUACCAUAGACCCAGCGCCUACAAUGUUGCCGUCAGUGUCCUGUGGAUUGCAUCCUGUGUAAUGUAUUCUUGGCCGGAAAGUCAGAAAUUUAUAAACGCUCCCAUCAGGAGGCCAUUAUUCUAUGGAAUGGUUCUGAUCACUUUCUGGAAAGGUUGGCAACAAUCAGAUGAUGAAACUACUUUACAGACAAUUUAUCGCGGUUUCCUCCGCUCCCCGGCGAUCCUGGCAGCUGAAGUAAUUACAGAUCGGAUGAUACAAUCAUCCAUUGGGCUCCUGCGCCGCUGAUCAUGUGACAGCAUAUCCAGCUCUUUCUCUGUACUGAAGAUUGAACCCCUGGAGCCCUCAGAGAUGUCUUCUAUGAAUCCCAGGAUCACUCAGCCCUCAGAGAUGUCUUCUAUGAAUCCCAGGAUCACUCAGCCCUCAGAGAUGUCUUCUAUGAAUCCCAGGAGCACUCAGCCCUCAGAGAUGUCUUCUA